AUUCCUUUUGCUAAGAUCCCGCCGCAAACGGUAAUCCUGUUUACAUCGACAAAUUCACCGCCUCCCCUCCCGUCAAACCCCUGUGGAAAACAAGGGAUUCUCCUUCCACUUCUCCAAGACAAAAGGGUUUUUCUAUCGUAAAACUAAAAGAUCAAAUGCAGACCAGGAAAAAAGCCAAGUUAGCGGAAUCGUCCGGAGCUUUUCAAAAUUUACUGGAACAUCUACAUGAGCCAAAUGGAGGCAGAACUUCUGAUUGUGGGCAGCCUGAAAAUACUACUCUUGUGGAUGCGUCGAGGAAGAAUGUUGGCAAAUUACUUAAACGAGUUGGGGAUCGACAAUCAUUGGCAAGAAAGAAGCAAGAAAACACAUCAAUUCAUAAUGGUUCCCACAGUUUGGGAAGGAAGAAACAAAACUCUGCAAUUCAUGGUGAAAAUGCGAUGUUUUAUCAACGGCAGUCAUCUGAAACCAAUUUUUAUACCCUUCCCAGUUGUGGAAUGGUAGCUAGAAUGAAUCUUGAUUCUGAACCAAGUACAAAGAGCAAUGAUGAAAUUCACACAAAUAAUGAUUCUGCAGAAAGACAUGAAAACCAAGAAACACUCUGUAAAUCAGAAGAUGACAUGGAUAGAGAAGGAUUUGACUGGGAAGAUGGCAAUAUUAUGCCUUCUGUUGGAAGUAUGCAGGGCCAUUCUAAACCGUGGAGUGGAGAGAUUACCAUUGAACUGGAGGAUGAUGACAUAUCCAAGCAAGGAAAAAAACAAACAGUUCGGAGAGCAACCGCAAGAGAUAAGGAAUUUGCAGAGUUGGUUCAUAAGGUGCACUUAUUGUGUUUAAUUGGAAGGGGAAUGCUAAUUGAUGCUGCUUGCAAUGAUUCUCUUAUUCAGGCUUCUUUAUAUUCUCUUCUUCCAUCAGAGUUGUUAAAUCUGGGCAAGGAACAGAAGCUGACAGCAAUUAGAUUGAUGGAUUUUGUUAAAUGGUUUCAAAAUGCUUUUCAUGUCCAGUCUCCUGAUGAAGGCACUUCUCAGCCUGAAGAAAGAACAACAUUGAUUGCCAAAUUGUGUCACGCUAUAGAAAUUCGUGCUGGGACCAGAGAAGAGGUGGCCGCCUUAUUCGUGGCACUUUUAAGAGCUUUAGGUCUGACCACUCGGUAUGUUUCAGUCCUUGAUGUUGCCCCUCUAAAACCAGAUGGCGAAUCUUUGGAGGCAUCUGCAGAUUGGAAUUCAGAAUCAGAUUCUGAAGAUGGACAGAACUUGCUUCAUAUGAAUACCACCAAAACAACAAUAGCUAGUCUAGGGCAAGUUCUUUCUAGGUGUCGCUAUCAGGGUUACACUCAAAAUAUGGCAGUCAGUGAUGCAGAUCCAAAAUCCCAUGUAAGAAGAGGCCGUGGAAGUAAGAGAGGCAGUGAAAACAGGGAUUCCAUACCAGGGAAAAUAACAUCAGAAACAACCUUCUCACAAGGUCAAUUUGCAGAUGGAGAGCAGAAGGAAAAAGGUACACAGAAUGAAAAUCCUCUGGCAAUCAACAGUGAAGGGCAGGGAAAAGUUAUCAAAAGAAAAGGAGACUUGGAAUUUGAGAUGGAGUUGGCAAUGGCUCUAGCAGCGACAGCUACAGAAACACCAAAAAAGUCUAAGAGGGAAGACGAUAUGGUUUCUAAUGAUAUACCUGGGAGGGCGCAGACAGACAUGUUCACAUCAACAAGCGAGAAGGGACACGAAAAUAGAAAACCUAGAUUUUCUAGUCAGAAGAAAAGCACUGCAGUAUGGUCUAGAAAACUGGUACCAUGUUUCCACUGGGCAGAAGUCUAUUGUGAAGGUGAAACUUUGUCAGGAAGAUGGGUGCAUGUUGAUGCUGCUAGUGGAGUUAUUGAUGGGGAGAAAAAAGUGGAAGAAGCUGCUGCUUCUUGGAAAAGGCCUCUACGUUAUGUGCUUGCAUUUGCUGGAAAUGGUGCCAAAGAUGUGACACGCAGGUAUGUUACUCAAUGGUCUGCUAUAGUAACUCAGCGAGUUUAUUCACCAUGGUGGGAAGUAACAAUGGCACCUUUAAAAGAGUUGGAAGCUGCAGCAACUGCAGAGGCAGUAGAUGUUAAAGGAUCCACAGAAGAUGCUCAACAACCAUCUAUAUGCGCACAAAUGUCUAUUCCUGGUACAAAUCAUCAUGAAAACAAAACCAAUAGAUCUCAAGGUUUGACGGUGAUCAAUGUAGACUUACCGCAGUCAUGUGACAUGCCAACUCAAAGUCUAGAGACUCCAGGUCAGAGGGUUCAUAUUACAGAUAGAAGCUCUCUUGAGGACAUGGAGCUAGAGAUGAGAAGCUUUACUGAGCCACUUCCAACUAACCAGCAGGCAUAUAAAAAUCAUCAUCUAUAUGUGCUGGAAAGAUGGCUUACAAAAUAUCAAACACUCUAUCCAAAGGGUCCUGUACUAGGUUAUUGUGCUGGGAAACCAGUAUAUCCUCGAACUUGUGUCCAGAUCCUCCAUACAGCAGAUCGAUGGCUCCGAGAAGGAUUGCAAGUUAAGAAAGGCGAAGCAGCUGCAAAGAUUUUGGAAACUUCUCGAAAUCGAGCUAGAAGUAUCGAUGCAGAGGCUAAAUACUUUGAAGAUGACUCUUCUGAAGGGCGUACUAUUGUACUGUUUGGGAGAUGGCAGACAGAGCCACUACAAUUGCCUCCUGCUAUAAAUGGGAUUGUACCAAAGAAUGAAAGAGGUCAGGUGGAUGUGUGGUCAGAAAAAUGCCUUCCACCUGGUACUGUGUACCUGAAAAUGCCACGUUUAGUACCUAUUGUAAAGAAGUUGGGAAUUGACUUUGCUCCAGCUAUGGUUGGAUUUGAGAUUCGUAAUGGACGUUCAGUGCCCGUCUUUGAUGGCAUUGUUGUUUGCGAAGAGUUCAGAGAUGCAAUAUUGCAGGCUUAUUCAUCAGAACAAGAGAGAAUAGCAGUUGAUGAGAAGAAAAAGAAUGAAAAUCAGGCUAUUUCUAGAUGGAAUCAACUCUUGCGAUCCAUUGCAACAAGGCAAAGGCUGCACAAUGAUUAUCAAGAAACUUAUUCAAAUGGCAACAAUUUAUCUGUUGCUUCAACUGUUGAAUAUAUGGAGUGUGCAGCUAACACAAUCACAGGAGGAGCAAAUAAUUCUGCUGAUUUGAAAAGAGCUGAUAUAAUGCAGGUGAGUGGAACUGGUAAAGGUACCCAUCAUCUUGAGCAACAACAUCAUGAUUUAACAAAAAUAGAUGAAACCAUAAAAAAUGUCAAGACUGAUUCUUUGCAUAAUCAUGUUCACAUGUUUCCUGAUGAGAAUCAAAGCUAUGAUGAAGAUAGUGCUAUCUGGACUAAGCGUUGUCCUUGUGGUUUCUCUAUCCAAGUAGAAGAGAUGUAGUUCUUUGUUACAUAGUAAAGAGUUGGCUUCCUAAUAUAUCAUAUUCUCUAUGUAUAUUAUGUAUGGGAUCUUGCUUUUAUUUAGUUUCUAUCUGUGACUCACAACACAAAAAGUGCUUGUAACAUCCUGUCGUUUUGUGCAGUUGUAGUGUUUUAUUUACACGAAACAAUUUUCAAUGUUUAAGCUUGUAUUCUAGACAGCAGCUUCGGGAAAGCUGAAAUAGGAGAGGUUUCCAACGAUAUUAUGUGAUACCUGCAAGUAUAGUAUGAGCUAAUACGAUACACUUAUGACACUGUGUACUGGUAUUUAUACAAACUAAUGUAAAUGAAUACGAAAAGACAGCAUGUAAAGAUAAAUAUAUAUUAUGUUAUGUUUUA